ACGUGUGCGGUCAUUGCAUGACUCCGGACUCGGGUGACUCGGAACAGCGGGCCGAAGGACCAUGACCGCGAAGGGCGAAGUGAAGAAGUGACGUACCGGCUUUCGUUCCUCCGCUUGGCCGUGGCUUAUUUUUCCCUUCAACCGGCUCCCGACUCCGCCACACAAGCCCUUCGCCCACGAGGUUGGUGAGAGAGGAAGGAGCACAAGCUGGUGGGGAGAUUACUGCAUCGUCGUGCUCCGGUACUUCUCAACUUGGAAAUGAUGCUCGGAUAUAAAAUAUCGAUGUUACCAGAGAAGAGCAAAGCGACGUCCUUCGCUUCGAGGCUAAUGGUCCUGCUACUGCUGCUCCUUGCCAGCUACGUCGCCGGGGAUUCUCCUCAUUACAAGCAUGCUAAACGUCAUCGUUACAUUAUGGUUCACCGACACGAGUUUCCAACUGAAGCGUCAGACAUGGGGACGACCGAGCAGCCACAAAAAAUCCAAGAUGCUGCAACAUUGUCGUCCUCUAUUAGUCUCGACGAUGAUUACUUUAGCCGCAACCCGUGCGCGGGCAAGUACUGCGGGGCCGGCCGUGAGUGUCAGCUCUCUCCGGACGGCGGCUACGGGGUAUGCGGGUGCGCGAGGCGCUGCGCCCGACGUCACCGCCCCGUCUGCGCCAGCGACGGCAAGGUCUACGCGAACCACUGCGAGCUGCACAGGAGCGCCUGCACCCUCGGCACUCCCCUCACCACCAGCCGACUGAUGCGCUGCUUGCACAGAGAUGAGCAUCAUGAAACGCCAAAAGUUUUACCACUUGGUAAUGCAACGCCACCAACCAGCAAACAAAACAUUCAACAAAGUAAUCAAUUAAAAUAUGAUGGCAAGGACAAUUUCAUAGACGAUAAUUAUGAUGUCGACGACUGCUCGGCACAGGAAUAUGAAAUCAUGAAGGACAACCUGCUGCUCUACAAUCACGCGAGACUAAUGGCCCAAGACAACCAUAGCAAAGAGUACCUCGUCAGUAUAAUGUUCUCGCACUACGAUCAGAACAACAACGGCAACCUGGAGCGCGACGAGUUGGAGCAGAUCGCCGAGAGGGAGGACCUCGAGCAACUGAGCAAAGGCUGCUCGCUCGGGCACAUGAUUAGCUUCGACGACGCCGAUAGGGAUGGCAGGCUCAACAUCAAUGAGUUUUACCUGGCAUUCAGCAAGCUAUACAGUGUGUCGGUUGUGUCAUUGGACAAGAACCUGGAAAUCAAUCACAUCCCUGCGCGCGUCGGCGACAACGUCGAGAUAAAGUGCGACGUAACCGGUACGCCACCGCCGCCAUUAGUCUGGCGUCGCUACGGUGCCGAUCUGGAGGCACUUUCCGAGUCCGAGAUACGAAUUUUCAACGACGGUAGUCUUUAUUUGACGAGGGUGCAACUCGUCCAUGCUGGUAAUUACACGUGCCAUGCUCUGAGUAACAAGGACGUCGUUCAAACUCACGUCCUUACGGUACACACGAUACCGGAGGUGCGCGUGACGCCGCGACUGCAGUCAAAGCGUCCCGGGGAGGAGGCGACGAUGCGCUGCCACGUGGUCGGUGAGCCCCUGCCGCGGGUCGAGUGGUUAAAGAACGACGAGCCGCUGCAUCAGCAGCAGCGCGACGAAGACAAAUUCGAGGUCGUAGGUAACGGCACGAGACUGGCCAUUCGAGCGAUUGGCUACGCGGACACCGGAGCGUACAUGUGCCAGGCGACAAGUGUCGGCGGCGUCACCCGGGACAUUAGUAGCCUCAUCGUCCAGGAGCAGCCCACACCCACCGCACCAAGUGAGGAAAGAAGGUUUUUCUCUUUUCACGAGUGGGGAAUAUCAGUAUACGAGCCAUCAGCUUGCCGAUUGUAUCAUCAAAUCAAGUCGACUGAUAUUAUACCUGGAACACAGGAGUACGUAUGUGCUGAAAAAGGAGUGCCUUGUUCUUGGGGACGUGCGAUUAACGUGGCCAAUCGCUACGUCUAUGUGUCGCAGCCGGAAAAGGAUCGUAUUCUCGUUAUUAGCAAAAUACAGAUGGUCGUUGUGGAUGUGGUGACAACGGACAAGUACCCGGUCGAGCUCCAGUACGUGCCGGCUUUGGACCAAGUGUGGGUCCUCAACUGGCGGAGUGAGAGCGACGCGGGAGUGAAGACGAUACAAGUGAUCAGAGACGCGGCGCAAAAGAAGAAACACAGGACCGUUCAUCCGGAGCCAAUUGACGGGCAGUUUGAUCUCGUGCGAGGCCUGUAUAUCCCGGAACGUCAGGACAUCGGCCACGUGUUCAAGUACGGCUACGUCACACACACGAACCAGCGUGGUAUGUACAAGCUCGACCUGGCCAACAUGAGGUACACCCGCAGCGCGGACCUCGCGCCGUACAACUGCGUGCCAGCACACAUACAGUUCCCGGCCCUCUAUGGUUUUGUGAUACUGCAGUGCGAGGAGCCAAUAACAGGCCGCGCCACCGGCCAAUUACUCCUGGAUUACCUGACGGACACGGUGCGGGCGCAUAAGCCCGAGCUCGUCGGCAAACCCAUGGUAUCGCCGGACUCGCGCCACCUUGUCACCCUCGACAGACAGCAGAAUGGUGUCGUACUCAUCGUCGAGGAAAUACAGCCAACUGGACUUAAUUUCGCUUUCGAUGUUAAAACAACAUUAAACAUCAGCGACAUAACCUUUUAUCCAUCUCAAACAACACACGGAUAUGAUCUCUACGCAUCAUCUAUGGAUAAUAAGGAAGAUAUUUUAUUUCUUAAUUUAGCAUCAGGGAAAGUGGAGAUGAUAACGGGCGUGGGCAAAGCAAUGCCAGCGAGCUUCGCCAAGUGGGGCUUUCCCAACAGGCCGAUCGUCCAGAGUGGCGUUUUCGGUCGAUACAUGGUCAGUCCGUCGAGCGAAGCCCUCUUCGUGCUCAACGGCGAGACGCGGACGGUGAACUGCGAAAUCGGCGGACUCGAGCACCCGAGCAUGAUCGUGUGGUUCACCGUGGCAACGCAUUAAGGAGCUCGCGGUGGCCGGACCAAAGCAUCCACGACGCACGCUCCAUGUCAUCUGGAUUCCAGCCCCAACAAUCGUUGGAUUCUGUUUUAUCGAUAUAAUAGGUGGGCUCCGGCUUGGCAUCGACGACCCAUCGAACGAUCGACCGUCGCCUGCGAGCUUUCAGAAUCCCUAGUUUUGAUGAUGCGUCGUCGGUCAGCUAGUGCAAUGCGCACGAAGACGCGACUCUCCCAGGCGGAUAUUCAUAGAGUGGCGAAGUGAAACGAAGAGUUGAAGGAAGUGAAGACGUAAAUUGACAUUUAUUUUAUUCGUUUGCUGUUUGUUUUACUUUCCCGAUGAUCGUUAGAUCUUCUAGUUAAAUGUAAUUAAAACAUAAGUAACCGAAUGAUAGAUAAGUGUCUCGGUAAUUAAUAUUGAUAAAUUAAGGUAAAAUUUGUGUUUAAUUGCAAACGCUG